CCUCUUGCUGCUCCGUUACCCAGGGUUACCCCGGGAGGAUUGUGAUUCGCUGCUGCUUCGGAGCCGGGAGGGAGUUUCCACGUGUCCUCCAGUGUGUCUGGGCGUGUGAGUCAGAUGCGGCGUGUAUGUUGCUUUAAGACUCAACGAGCCUUCACAGGGAGAAUCCACUUUGAGAUCACACAACAGCAGCUAGAUUUCUCCUUUGCAAGCUGUUCAAAGAGCUCUUAGAUUAAAGCCCGGGGACAGAGAGAUGAGCCAGACGACAAAUCAGGAAUCAAUUUAUUUUGAGAAAUGAGGCGGAAAGAACCUUCCACAUAGGAGCUCCAAUCUGAGAAGAGACUUUCAGACCGGCAGCAAUGGGAAAUUCAGAGAGCCAAUAUAGCAUCCAGGGCCCCAAAGGAACCAGCUUUGUGUUCCCUGGGAAACCGAAGCCAUGCUCACUGAAGCUUCGCUCAUCUGACACUCUGUCUCCCCACACAUGGUGGAAAAGUGCCCCAUUAGGCUCAGGGUACAAGGCCAGAUGUGUCGGUCGUGGCUGUUUGUCCCCUGCUAAAAGUCGGCCGCCUUACUCCCCUAGGCACUAUGACUAUGUCUCAAAGGGAACAAGGGGCAACCCAAGCGAGCAUCGCUGGCAUCGAUCACCCCGAUGUGGUAUACAAAGGCGACAUAUGUCAGAUGAAUAUGAGGAUAAUCCAUAUGGGGCUGAUCUUAGUGGGCGCACACUGAAUGGACAGAGUGAUGAGCAUGAGGCUUUAGAGGAACAGAGCAGCCCACGGGUUGUGAUCAAGAAGGAUGGCAGUCUCCGGGUGGAGUUCACAAACACCUCAGGCAAUCCUCUCCUUCUGGACGAGGCUUCUGGUCCUGUACAACUGCUCAAGUUCUCCCCUAACCUGGAGUCUGCCUCCACUCCUAGUCUGCCUGGCUCAAGUGGCAGUAGACAAGAGGGCCACUGCAGUGGUCCACCGCCAGCCUCUACCUCCUCAACGGCCAGGACCAGCAAGGGAAGCUCACUGAGCUCUGAUGGUUCCUGGUAUGACUCUCCAUGGGGGCCCAGCACAGAGCUGUGUGAGCAGGACCAACCCUGCUCUGCCAGCAGGACCCUAGUCCACUCCCCCAUCCACCAGCUGGACUCUUUUACUGAACAGUCUGCCCCAGUGUCCAUCACAGACCUCUACAAGGACUCCACAAUGGCUGCCACCUUUCCUACAGCCAGGGACCUUGCCUCCCAGUUACAAGAACCUCCACCAAGCCAGAGGCCACACCGAGCCUCUUUUGCAUCAGUCCUGGAUGUUCCACUGGAGGAAGAAUGCCCUGAUGCUCGCCAGUAUUCAUCAUAUACCCUGCCCUGUCGCAGGGCCAAAGCCCACACCAUGAGUGAGGAUCUAGACCAGUAUCCUGACCAGGAACAGCACCAGGAGCAGACUGGACCUGAUUUCAUCUUCCAUAAGAAAGACUCCAUCAAAAACCGCAUAAGACGCCUCAGUGACUGGACAGGCAGCCUCAGCCGCAAGAAGAGGAAGUCUCAGGAGACCAGGUACAAGGACCUGAGCGAUGCCUUUGACAGUGGGGUUGAUGGCCUGACUGCAGACACCAGCUCCCCUUCCCAAGUUUCAAGCCUCCUCUGGUUCCCAGGAGCCUCCAGGGCCCAAUCAUCGGGAGCCAUUCACCAAACGACCAGCGAUGCCAUCCGCCAGAAUAUCUAUGAGAACUUCAUGAGGGAGCUGGAGAUAGGCACUGGACCAGGCGGUGGAGGGGCAGGCGGUGAAAGAAGAGACCCAUCCACGGGCACCGAAGAAGGAGAGAGCAGCAGCGAGUCGGCUGAGGGCUCCCUGGAGCAGCUGGAUCUGCUGUUUGAAAAGGAGCAGGGGGUGGUCAGACGGGCCGGCUGGCUUUCUUUCAAACCCCUCGUCACCCUGCACAAGGACAGGAAGCUGGAGCUGGUGACCCGCCGCAAGUGGAAGCAGUACUGGGUGACUCUGAAAGGAUGCACGUUACUGUUCUACGAGACUUACGGUAAAGGCUCUCCGGAGCAGGAGCUGUCACCUCGCUAUGCUCUCUUGGCUGAGGACAGCAUUGUCCAGGCUGUUCCCGAGCACCCGAAAAAGGAGAAUGUUUUCUGCCUCAGCAACUCGUAUGGAGACGUUUACCUCUUCCAGGCCAGCAACCAGACCGACCUGGAGAACUGGGUGACAGCCAUCCAUUCUGCCAGUGCCUCCCUUCUGGCCAAGCGCCAGGGGAAGGAGGAUACAGUGCGCCUGCUGCGGAGCCAGGUCCGCAGCCUGCUGCAGAAGAUCGACAUGGAUGGGAAGAUGAAGAAGAUGGCCGAGCUGCAGUUGACGGUGGUCAGCGACCCCAAGAACCGCAGGGCUAUUGAGAACCAGAUCCAGCAGUGGGAGCAGAACCUGGAGAGGUUUAACAUGGACCUGUUUAGGAUGCGCUGUUACCUGGCCAGCCUACAAGGUGGAGAACUGCCCAACCCAAAGAGCCUGCUCGCAAUCGCCAGCCGCCCAACCAAAUCCACCCUGGGACGCCUGGGGAUCUUCUCUGUGUCCUCCUUCCAUGCACUGAUCUGUUCCAGAGAUGAGGCCACACUCAGGAAGCGCUCAUUGUCCCUGACUUACAGACAGCGCAAGAGAGGCCUUUUCUCCUCGCUCAAAGGCCUUGACAAUCUUACAAAGAGAGGCCGGGACAAGAGGCCCUCUGCAUCACAGAUCUUUGAGAGCGACGCUGGAGGUCAAACAUACACCCUACCUCCCAGGAGCACUGAGAGGCUGGACGUGAUGACCAGCAUUUACUCCAUGUCGCCCCCUGAUGGCGGUGUGUGGGACAGCAUGAGGGGCGCCACAGACACGCUGACGUGUGUCUACAUGCCAGACGGCCUGACAGUCCAAGUUCCCGUCAGCAGAGACCAGACAGCGGCCGACCUUCUCUCUGCAGCCUGCAAGGUGAAACAGCUGGACCCGGGUCUGCACUGUCUCCGACUGCACAGACGAGCGGGACAGGACGUGGAGGUUCGAUACGUGGCUCCUGGAGAGCUCCUCUGUUAUGUGGUCAAUGAUCAGCUGGAAGUGGUCCCAGCUAAUGUGUUUACGCUGCACAUGAGCAGGCCGAGCGGCAGCGGAGACUUUGGUUUUGCAAUAACAGGACACAUAGACAGCCAGAGAAACAGCAGGAUUUUUGUCAGUGAAGUGCUUCCUGAUGGACUGGCAUUCAAUGAAGGUCUGCGUCCAGGCGAUGAGAUCCUUGUGCUAAAUGGCCGGUGUGUGUCUGGACUGGACCUAGCGCUGAUCCAGACGCUGUUUGCUGAACAAACCCUGCACCUGAGCCUGAGGCGGGAUGGACCCCGGCCGCCAAACACGACCUCCAACCAAGUGGCCCCUCCUUUGAAACACCACAGCAAGCACCAUCGAGCCAAAUCCUCCUCAGAUGUGUGCACUGCAGCUGACGGUGAUGAGUCCCUGUGUGUAAGACUGGAAGAUUGUCACUCCCACUGCACACACAGGCCUGUACAGCACAGCAAGAGUGUCGACACAGUGUGCACGCUCUACCAGUCGUUCCAGGAAGGGGCGGGCUCGGGCCCCGGAGGUUUGAUGGACAGCGCAAAGGAACCUCCUGUAAGGCAGGGAGGGGGUGCCACGGGAGACGACACCCUGCUCAGACCUUGCCCUAAACAUAUGAGUGCCACUGAGAGGUUACGCAAAGUCAUCCAGGAGCUCGUGGACACUGAGAAGUCUUACGUGAAGGACCUGGCAUGUUUGUUUGAGAUCUACCUGAAGCCUCUGCAGAAUGAAACCUUCCUCACACUGGACGAGAUGGAGAGUCUUUUUGGCAGCCUGCCAGAGAUGUUGGACUUCCAGAGGGUCUUCCUACAGACCCUUGAGGAGAGGAUUGCUUCCUCGCCUGACUUCAGCACCCUGGAGACGCCCUCACAGUUCAAGAAGCUACUGUUUUCUCUCGGGGGUUCCUUUCUCUACUACGCUGACCACUUCAAGCUCUACAGUGGUUUCUGUGCCAACCACAUCAAGGUCCAGAAGGUCCUGGAGAGAGCUAAGACAGAUCAGGCCUUCAAGGAAUUCCUGGAUGCGAGGAACCCCACCAAGCAGCACUCGUCCACCCUGGAGUCCUACCUGAUUAAACCGGUGCAGAGGGUGCUCAAGUACCCCCUGCUGCUCAGGGAGCUGGUCUCCCUCACUGACACAGACAGUGAGGAGCACUACCACCUCACCGAGGCUCUAAAAGCCAUGGAGAAGGUGGCCAGCCACAUAAAUGAGAUGCAGAAGAUCUACGAGGAUUACGGCUCCGUGUUUGAUCAGCUAGUUGCCGAGCAGACCGGCCACGAUAAAGAGGUCACAGAGAUCUCUAUGGGAGAGUUUCUCAUGCAUUCCUCAGUGGUCUGGCUCAAUCCACAUCCGUCGCUGGGCCGCAUGAGAAAAGACCCUGAAAUGACCGUGUUUGUGUUCAAGAAAGCGGUGAUAUUGGUCUACAGGGAACACAACAAGCUGAAGAAGAAGAUGACGAACCAUCGUUCAGCCCAUUCUCACGGAGAUUCGGAUCCAUUUAAGUUCCGUUGGCUCAUCCCGCUCUCUUCGCUGCAAGUCAGAUUGGGAAAUACUGCAGGAACAGGCACGGAAAGCAGCUGCAUCUGGGAGCUGAUUCACUCCAGGUCUGAAGUGGAAGGCAGGCCGGAGACCGUCUUUCAGCUGUAUAGCAGUGUGCCAGAGAGCAAGGUCAACAUCAUCAAGGUGAUCCGCUCCAUCCUCAGGGAGAACGUGAGGAGGAAUAUGAAGAGCGAGGGUACGUUGGAGAGGGGCUGUAAGGAGCGCCUGGUCCCCCUGCGCAGCACCCUGCCCUCCUCUGCAAGGCUAGGUUCCUCCAGGGCUUCCUGGUUGUGUAAGCAGCCAUUUGGAGAUCUCUCCACCCAGGCCGGGAACCUCAAGCUGGGCCCAGACUCAGACGAGGGAAGCCUGAGCAGUGGAACCUACAGUUUGUCUGGGGCUCCUCCACCUUGCACCUCCUCUGACUCGCAUAUCCUUCCUGUCCUGACACCUGGCUCCAACUCGCAACCCCGCUCCACCUCAGCUGUGAAAGAGUCAGAUAUUUUAAGUGAUGAGGACGAUGACGGCUUUAGUGAGGGGGGGACGAGGACUGACAGUGGAGACAGCAGUUCCCCAACUAGCGCCAUCGAGGCUCAGUUCCUCCAACUUCAACUCUCAGAGGACGCUGUGUCAAAAUGUGCACCGGCUCCCUGUGUUCAGCCUGAGAGAGUUGGGGACACUCCAGAGACUGAACCCAAACUGAUGCGAGGGCAUUUCAGUGCUGUUAAAAAGAAGCCCAGCAGUUUCAGGAGGAGCCAGGGUGCACUGUUGAAGAUGAAGGCUCACAGCAGGUCACUGGACAGCCAGGCAGAUGCAGCAUCGGCUUCAGGGGUAGUGGACCUCAACACAUUGCUGGAGAGGGAGUUCAGCGUUCAAAGUCUGACUUCUGUAGUGAAUGAAGACUGUUUCUAUGACCCAGCUGAGAGCUGUGCCACUGACUCUGGAGAUACCACCCCUCUUAAGGGGCUGGAUGGACAUUAGCAGAACUAUACUGUACCCAGGCCACAAGUUAAUGGUCACGGAAGGUGAAAUGUGCUGACCAAAGCCCUCGCGUCACAAGAGGGGCGGUUGUGAAGCUGUGCCUCAACUCGGAAGUCUGUUUAGUAAGCCACACACCAGCCUGCUAAAAGUUAGCCGUAAAUUAUCUGUUCUAAUGGAAGCCUAUUGGCUGACAGACCCAGUUUCUCCCCGCAGAGAGACGAAGCGAUGUGAUUUCUGUCCCAAUGAUAAUGACUGCAAUGAAUCUGCCAAGCACUGAUGCGUUCCCGCGAUCUCCUCAGCUCUCUGGGCUUUGCCUCAUCCCAACAAAACCGUCUGAGUGACGUAUUCCAUCCGUGUGUUCCCUGCAGCUCAUGCUGAUUGGCAGUUUUUAUUUGGAUUUUGACCUUUUUCUAUGAGGAAAUGGGGAGAGUGUCCUUGGUCUGUCAGUCACAAAAAGUUUAAAAGGAGUCUACAGUGCAUAUAGAGCAAUGGGGGACUUAAAAUGAAAGUUUGAGUUUGUUGGGUCUUUGUGCUACAUGUUGCUUGCCAGGCAGGAGGCUUUCAUACAGUGUUCAGGCUUGGUAAACUAUUCAUAUGUAUUUGGUUUCACAGAAUCAACUACUAUAAGUCACCUCUUAUUAUAAACAAUGUUAUCAUUAAAAAUGAAAUGAGGCACUAAAUCAAGACCCACCCAAAGAGCCACAUCUGUCAAAUCAGACUUCCUGAGAAGAGAUUGGCCUAAAUAAAUAAACAAACAAACAAACAGGAAGGACACAGACUUUCCAGACUAAGCCUUUUUGCUGUCUUUGGUGCACUAAAGUACACUGUUUGCCUAUAUAUUUUUAAUAUUUUUUAUUUGUACAGGUUUUAAUGUAAUUAAUGCUGUUUUUAUUUAUUAAUAGGUUUGAUUAUGUAUAUCUUAGCAAUGUAACUUUUUGGGUGAAGGCUUGAACCGAUGGCUAAAGAUUUGGUCCAUUAGUAAAUAAUAAUAAAAAAAAAAAAGAUGCAAUACAGCUUGACUUUUUUUUCCUUCUUCCCCCACUUCAUUUAACAUGUAGCCUACUGGAUUUUGGUUGUCUUUCCCUGAAAAUUGAAAUUUCCAGUGUAUGCACUGGAAAGUGUUUUUGAGAAAUGGCUGCUCGAUUGAAUGAUUCAAACUGCAAUAAUGUUUUAAACCCCAAUGUUUUUGUUUGUGUGUCCUGUGUAUAUAAUCUUUUAUAUCUUUGAGACGUUUCUGUAUUGUCUUUAUACAUACUUGACACUGUACAGGUAAGAAACAAGGCAGGAAUUUGCGACAAAUGCAGCUGAUAUUUUUGUAAAACGUUUGCCAUAGCAUAAAGUACAUGUUGAGGUACUAUUUAAAAAGGCAAACCACUACUACAUUCUUUACCUUCUCAGUUCAACUUUACCAUGCCUUUAAUGCUAGCAUACCAAUGAAUGUGAAUGCCCCAUUCUUAUGAAAUUGUUUUAUAAAUAAAAGUUUUAUCUGUGAA